CAAUGAAUAAUGUGGAAGCCAGCCAAGUGUCAGUACACAUGCAUGCUAUCAAAUUACAGCUGCUUUGUACAGAGCAGUGUUUAGCUAGCUAUAGACUGUUAUAGCUUUAGCUUUACAGGGGUAUAGAAGACAGUAUACAGUUGACCCAACAGAAUACCAAGCUCCAGAACUAUAGACCAAGAGAAAGCAAUGGAUCAGUACCCACCAGAGACAGAAAAGCAGCCCCUUAUAGGAGCAGUGCCACCGAGGCCAAUGCUAGCUCCUGAAGUGCAUCCCCAGCCAAGAUCACCGGCCUCCCAGCAGUACCCCCCACAGUAUGGACAAGGCCCAUUUGGCAAUAUCAAUGCAAGGCAAACUAACACUACAGUGGUGGUUUCACAACAACCGACAAGUGUUGUCUACCAACAAGAUGUUCCAGCUUGGGUCGGGUCAGAUUUGAUUAUUUACUUCUCAAUAUUCACCAUGCUUUGUUGCGGAUUACUGCCUGGAAUUGUGGCCUUGAUGCUCGCUUGGGAGGCUCGCAGCAAGAAGGAUAUUGGACGAAUUGAGGAGGCCAAAUCCUGGUCCCUGGCCGCCAUUCUCUGCAAUAUACUCGCUACUCUACUGGGUGUAGCUGCCAUUGUGACUGUUUCUGUGUACUACGGCACACUCAGUGUAGUUUAUUAUAAUAACUGAAAAAAUGGGACUUUGCUGUCAGCUCGAACCUAUGUCGUAUUUGUACUGAAUUUUGCAUGUAUAUAUACUGUGGCUAUUAUAAAUAUGUUUGUUGAUUGUACUAUUCUCAACACAAUUAAGAUGUUGUUAGUUUGA